CGAAUCGCUCCACUAAUGUGUUUCGGAGGGCGAUGUGUCGCCGAGCGGGGGUGAGACGCGGCAACUCGGAUUAGCCCUGCGUGAGUGAAGUUCAGCAAGAGCCAUCAUGAAAGACACUGGCAGGAGCAAGGGGGCGGCACCCACAGUGCAGCAGAUCAAUGCAGACCGUGUCACACAGCUGGCCAAUCAAUACUGGUCCCCAUACAUUAUCAGCGUGGGUCAGCAGGCUCCGUUCAACCCAGCUAUCAUUGAAGAAAUCUACCAGCAGGAGCUCAUUGGCUCAAAUUUCGCCGUACGCCGUGUCAUGCUGCUCGAGUUCUCGCAGUACUUGGAGAACUACCUGUGGCCCAACUACCAGCCGCGCCUGGCCACGCACGCUCACCUCAUGUCGAUCGUGGUCACCGUCAACGAGAAGGUCCGCGAGCGCGUCCCCGCCUGGCACCCGUUUGUCAAGGCGCCGCAGCACUUCGCCGAGUUCUUCCACCAAGUAACCACCACCUGUCUGGAGCGCGUGUCGUUCCGGGAGAUGACGGCGCUGCUGGUCUUCCUCGACUACUGCUUCAACAGCAUGGAGGUGGAGCUGGUGCGCGCCCAGGUGCAGCGGCUCGUCUCGCUGCCCAUGUGGAUUUGCCUGCUCGAGAAGCGGCGCGAGGCCGAACUGCGGCGCAUCCCCAAAUGGAGGAAGUUCUGGAAAAUCCUCCAGAAGAAGGAUGCCCAGCUGGACGAAAAGGAGAAGACCAAGCUGGACUUUCAGCGGAGGUUUCUGUACAAUCUGAUCCAGAAGUUUCUGAAGAUAUUGGAGAGUACGCCCGACGAAGGCUACGUGGACCGGCGGCGCGUGGCCUACUGCGAACAAAUGGUGCAGCUGAUGAUCGACCUGGAGGCAUUGUUGCCAACGCGCCGCUUCUUCAACACGCUGCUGGACGACGCGCACCUAGUGGUGCGCUGCCGGCUGUCGGGCCUGGCCGAGCGCGAGGAGGGCAAGCUGUUCGUGCAGCUGCUGGACAUGCUGGCGUUCUACUCCCGGUUCGAGAUCAACGAUCAGACGGGCGACCCGCUGUCGGACCGCGACAUGAUGCAGCUCCACUACAGCCGCAUCACUUCCCUGCAGGUGGCGUCCUUCUCUAAGUUCCCGGGGCUGCGUCAGUUCAGUCUCUCCAACGUGGCAUCGGUGGACACGCGCGAGCAGCUGACCAAACAGUUCGGCGGGCUGACCAACCGGCAGCUGCACGAGGUGGCGGCGUUCCUGGCGCUGCUGCCCGACCCGCCGGCCCAGGCGGACGCCGAGAAGCCACAGUACGAGACGGAAUUGCUGCUGGAGAUGCUGGUCUCCCGCCACGAGCGGCGUACCUCGCAGCUGCAGGCGCUCAACGAGAUGCCACUGUACCCGACCGAGGCCAUCAUCUGGGACAGCAACGUGGUGCCGAGCGAGUACUUCUCGGGCGAAGGCUGCCUGGCGCUGCCCAAGCUCAAUCUGCAGUUCCUCACACUGCACGACUACCUGCUCCGCAACUUCAACCUGUUUCGGCUGGAAUCAACAUACGAGAUACGGCAGGACAUCGAGGACAUCGUGCUGCGGCUCCAGCCAUGGAAGGACGAGAUCGGGGACACCAUGUUCGGCGGCUGGGCGCGCAUGGCGCAGCCUGUCGUCAGCUUCGCCAUCGUGGAGGUGGCUAAGCCCAACAUCGGCGAGCGGCGGCCGGCGCGCGUACGGGCCGACGUCACGGUCAAUCUGAGCGUACGCCACGAGGUGAAGGCCGAAUGGGAGGGCCUGCGCAAGCACGACGUCUGCUUCCUGGUGACGGUGCGACCUCAGCUGACGUUCGGUGCCCGCUACGACGCGGCGGCGCCGUUCGUGCCCCAGGUGGGGCUCACGUACGUGCGCGGCUGCGAGGUGGAAGGCAUGCUGGACGAGAGCGGCCGCGUCAUCGAGGAGGGGCCCGACCCGCGCCCCCAGCUGCCGGGAGACCGGCGCACGUUCCGUGUCUGGCUCGACUGCAACCAGUACCGCCAGGACCUGGACAACAACGCCGCCGGCAAGGAGGACGUGUACGAGACGUUCAACAUUAUCAUGCGCCGCAAGCCGAAGGAAAACAACUUCAAAGCGGUGCUGGAGACGAUCCGGGAUCUGAUGAAUAACGAGUGCGUGGUGCCUGACUGGCUGCACGACAUCGUGCUUGGCUACGGAGACCCGGGCGCUGCCCACUACACCAAAAUGCCGGAUGAGAUCGCCACGCUGGACUGGAAUGAUACGUUCCUGGACAUGGAGCACCUGCGGCACAGCUUCCCCCACCACACGGUGCAGCUGAAGGAAGGCGCUGGUGCCGGCGCCGCCAAGCCACGGCCGCCCUACAGGCUGACGUUUGUCGGUGUGGAGGAGAAGAAGAGCCGGCCGGACGCCGCGCCGGAGGAGCUCUCCAAGCUGGUGCUGGUCGAGCCGCACGUCAUGCCCAACAGAGGACCGUACCCCUACGUCCAGCCCAAACGGAACACGGUGCGAUUCACGCCGACGCAGGUGGAGGCGAUCCGGGCCGGCACGCAGCCGGGCCUCACGCUGGUGGUCGGCCCGCCCGGCACCGGCAAGACGGACGUGGCCGUCCAGAUCAUUUCCAACAUCUACCACAACUUCCCCGAACAGCGUACGCUCAUCGUCACGCACAGCAACCAGGCGCUCAACCAGCUGUUCGAGAAGAUCAUGGCACUGGACAUGGACGAGCGCCACCUGCUGCGACUGGGCCACGGCGAGGAGGCGCUCGAGACCGAGAAGGACUUCAGCAGGUACGGACGAGUCAACUACGUGCUGUCCCAGCGCCUGGCGCUGCUGGACGCCGUGCAGCGGCUGCAGCAGAGUCUGCAGGUGGUCGGCGAUGCCGCCUACACCUGCGAGACGGCCGGGCACUUCUUCAUGCAGCACGUGCUGAGCCGCUGGGAGCGCUUCCUUAGCCUGGUGCCGCCGUCGCAGGGAGAGAGUCUGCCCAUCAGCAGCAUCCGCAACAACUUCCCGUUCACAAGGUUCUUCGAGGACGCGCCGCAGCCCGUCUUCAAGGGCAACUCUUUCGACGAAGACUUCGAGAUCGCCCAGGGCUGCUUCAGGUACAUCCGGAAGAUAUUCGAGCAGCUGGACGAGUUCCGCGCAUUCGAGCUGUUGCGCAGCGGGCUGGACCGCUCGCGUUAUCUGCUCAUCAAGGAGGUCAAGGUGAUCGCCAUGACGUGUACGCACGCGGCGCUCAAGCGCAAGGAGCUCGUGCAGCUGGGCUUCAAGUACGACAACAUCCUGAUGGAGGAGUCGGCGCAGAUCCUCGAGAUUGAGACGUUCAUCCCGCUGCUGCUGCAGAACCCUCAGGACGGCUUCAACCGACUGAAGCGGUGGAUCAUGAUCGGCGACCACCACCAGCUGCCGCCCGUCAUCAAGAACAUGGCCUUCCAGAAGUACUCCAACAUGGAGCAGUCGCUCUUCACGCGCUUCGUGCGGCUGGGCGUGCCAACCGUGCAGCUGGACGCCCAGGGUCGCGCCCGCUCCAGCAUCUGCGCGCUCUACAAGUGGCGGUACACGGUGCUGGGCGACCUGCCGCACGUCCAGCAACGGGCCGAAUACCAGCGCGCCAACGCCGGCUUCCGCUUCGACUACCAGGUGGUCAACGUGGACGACUUCAACGGCGUGGGCGAGAGCGAGCCCAACCCGUACUUCUUCCAGAACCUGGCCGAGGCCGAGUAUGUGGUGGCCGUGUACAUGUACAUGCGCCUGCUGGGCUACCCGGCCGACAAGAUCUCCAUCUUGACCACCUACAACGGCCAGAAGAUGCUGAUCCGUGACGUCAUCAACCAGCGCUGCGCCAACAACCCCGUCAUGGGCCAGCCCUGCAAGGUGGACACUGUGGACAAGUACCAGGGCCAGCAGAACGACUACAUCCUGCUGUCGCUGGUGCGCACCAAGGCGGUGGGCCACCUGCGAGACGUGCGCCGGCUGGUGGUGGCCAUGUCGCGCGCCCGACUCGGCCUCUACGUGUUCGCCCGACUGGCGCUCUUCCAGAACUGCUUCGAGCUGACUCCGGCCUUCAGUCUGCUGGCCGAGCGUCCGGCCCAGCUGCAGCUGUGUCCGGCUGAGCGGUACCCGACGGUGCGGCCGGUGGACGCUUCGCUGCAGUCGCCGCCCUUCGUCGCCACCGACAUGCCCCACAUGGCGCAGUUCGUGUAUGACCUCUACAUGCAACGCAUGGGCUCUGGAGAGGCGCAGCAACAGGCGUGGCGCUCGCCGGGCGCGGCGGGCCGGGCGGCGGCGCCGGACCGACACGUACCCCAGCACCCGGGCGGCGACCGGGACAGCACAUCAGACGGUUAA